GCCUGAUCUUGAUCUUCGACGUCUCCUCGCUAUAUAAAACCCUACUAAAUCUCUAUUAUAUCUUGUUCUGCUUAGUGGCAAAGAUGGCAAAGAAGAUACCUGGAAAGGAUUUGUCCAAAGCAGCGGCGAAGGCUGCCAAAAAAGCGAAGGCCCAGCAGAAAGUCGAGCGGAAGGAGAAGAAGAAAACAGGAAAGACGAGGGAGGAGGAGCAAGAUACUGAGGAUUUGGAGGAGAUCCUCGAUAAAUAGAUGCAAAGAGAAUGGGAAGAAGCGCACCGGGUUAUUGAGGAGCUUGUGGAAGGCCCACCGAGUCGACGAGCAAAUGCGACGCUCACGCCGUGCCCGAGCGGGAACUAUCUGUGGUGUAUUGGAGGAGAGUUUUUUAGUGAUGACGGGAAAGCGUAUUUCUAUAACGAUGUCUUCAGAUAUUCGCCGGAAAAGGAUGAGUGGCGAAGGUUUGUAUCUCCUACAUGCCCAGGCCCUCGCUCAGCUCACGCAGUUGUCGCAUCCCCUGCGGGCGGAGGAAAACUCUAUCUUUUCGGCGGCGAAUUCUCUUCGCUAUACCAAAACUCCUUCCAUCAUUAUCGUGAUUUCUGGUGCUUCGACAUAUCAACACAUUCAUGGGAUCGGAUAGAAACAAAGGUUAGGCCGACGGCACGGUCGGGACACCGUAUGGCAAUGUGGAAACACUAUGCUGUCCUUUUCGGCGGGUUCUAUGACCCUGGAUUGCGCACGAACUACCUGGACGACCUCUGGCUGUUCGACACACAGGACUACAAGUGGCGGAAAGCUGAGUUCAAGGAAGCCGAGCGGAAGCCAUCACCGCGUAGUGGCUUCUCAUUUCUACCUACAGCUGAUGGCAUCUUGUUGCACGGCGGGUACUGCAAGGAAUAUCACAAGGGCAGCCGCCCAGUUGGUAUAAUGCUCGACGACACGUGGUUCCUCCGGAUGGCACUCAAUGAAGCAAAAGACGGAAAGGCGCCAGCCGAGCCUGUCACAAUGAAAUGGGAGCGACGAAAACGGUCCUCUACAGCCUUCGCGCCGUCGCUCCGGUCGGGAUGCAGCAUGGCUCUCUGGGUGGCGAAGAAUAUGGGUAUACUGUUCGGUGGUGUAACAGAUGAGGACACGAGCGAGGAGACGCUGGAGAGCGUGUUCCACAACGAUCUAUAUGGUUAUCAGAUCGCUGGGAACGGACGUUGGGUAUCGAUGAUGCUCAAGCAGCCUAAAAAGAAGGGUGGAGCAAAUGCGAAGAAGCAAAAACCAGCCCUAGCUCCUGUUCGGGCUCCUUCGGGCGAUGAGGAUGAGUCCAACAGUGACGCUGAAUUAUCCAUUGAAGAGGAGAAUAAGAAGUCGCGCGUCCCUCUUCCUGCCUCCGCUGUCAGGGAUACAGACACCGAUAUCGAUCCAGAUGAUCCGGAACUCACGAAGCCAAUGCCUCGAUACAAUGCGAUGCUAGCAGUAUUACGAAACACGUUGUACCUUUAUGGAGGCAUCUUCGAACGUGGUUCACGCGAAUAUACGCUGGACGACUUCUAUCUGCUGCAGUUGGACAAGUUGGAUCGCUAUGUCUGCCUUAAGGAUAGCGGGAUCACUAUCACCGCUGAAGGUGAUGAGGAGAGUAGCGACGAGGAUGAGGAUGAGGAUGAAGAUGAGGGGGAGGAUGAUGAGGACAAGAGAGAGGACGAGCAGAGCAAGCCAGAAGAGCCAGCUGCUUCUGUAUCAAUUUCCAACGAGUGCGAUGAAGAUGACAAAGAAAAGAUCGAGCAUCCGAUAACCCAAGAUGAGAAGGAUGCCCUCCGUUUGGAAGCUACUGCAUUCAUGGGAGUUGCCAAGGACACGACACGUUCUGCGGAAGACAUCAUCAGCACCCCACUUCCGGGCGAGACUUUGUCCAUGUUCUAUGCUCGUUCUCGAGAGUACUGGAAAGGAAAAGCCCAUGGCACCAGCAAAAAUCGAGGCAAACAGCUUCGGAGGGAUGGGUUUGCAAUGGCGCAGGAGCGGUAUGCUUCGUACGAGCCGAUUUUGCGGGAGGUGGAGAAGAUUUUGGCGGAGGCCGGGUUGGACGAGGAGGAGAUGAGGAAAGGUGCAGCAGCAGGCCCUGGGGAACAGAGUGGGCAAAGUCGCAACAGAAGAUGAUAUAUUAAACGAGUACUUUGUAUCUUUUUUUAAAUCUGCACACUUCCUAUAAUGGCAACGAGAUG